UCGUCUUGCGCCGAAUCCUUUAUUCGUCCGCGCAUUCAAACGGUUCUUGAACUCCUUCGGGCAAGGAAGUGCUCUGUGACCAGUUUUUGUUGUCCUUGCGUGUCCUUUCAAUUGGAAAACGGUUGAAGUUGUAAUUCGUUUUAUAUUAUUGAGCUUUUACCAUUUGGUGCCUUUGUUUUACUGAAUAAGCUUACAAAGCAACAUAAUUAAGUGUUUUAGAUAAUUUUUGUCAAUAUUUUGGAUCGCAUCUUGAAUCCCAUACGAAAUGAAUACGGAAAAUGCAGGAGCACCCAACAGCCGUUUGGCAUCCUACAAACAUGGAGUCAAAAGCAAUGCGGAACUCCGCCAACGUCGUCACGAGGUUACUGUCGAACUGCGCAAGAACAAAAAGGAAGACCAGCUCUUCAAACGUCGGAACAUCACCAGCGAGGAACCAACCGUCACCUCCCCACUGCAGGAAAGCAAUGCCCAAAGUCCGGUUGCGCUCAAGUUCGAGGAAAUACUCGCCUAUGUCAAUAGCGGUAAUGCACAGAAAGAAUUUGUCGCCAUCCAAACGGCCAGAAAAAUGCUGAGCCGAGAGAAAAAUCCCCCCAUUGACAAGAUGAUCGGUCUGGGACUGGUGCCGAUUUGUGUGAAGUUCCUGGAAUGUUUCGAUCGGGUAGAUCUUCAGUUUGAGGCAGCUUGGGCACUGACCAACAUCGCCUCCGGCACUACGGAACAAACCAAGGCCGUGAUCGAUGCUGGUGCUGUUCCGAAAUUCAUCGCUCUGCUUAGUUCUCCCUCGAACAACGUUGCCGAGCAGGCGGUUUGGGCUCUGGGUAACAUUGCCGGAGAUGGCUCCAAGGCUCGUGAUAUCGUGCUGAACUUUAACAGCGUAGAAUCGAUCAUCUAUCUGGUUCAGAACACCAAUACUCAGCUAUCGUUCUUGCGGAACAUAGUUUGGUUGAUGUCUAACUUGUGCCGCAAUAAGAACCCGCCUCCACCUUUCAACCGAGUUGAACCGAUGAUUCCGAUUCUAUCCAAACUAUUGGACCACGAGGAUUCACAAGUGCUUGCCGAUGCAUGCUGGGCGUUGUCCUACGUGACGGAUGACGAUGCCGUUAAGAUUGAAUCCGUAGUUGCUUCCGGAGCAGUGCCUCGGCUAGUGCGAUUAUUGGGAUGUGAAAAUCCGGCCAUUAUUACUCCAGCCCUAAGAAGCGUUGGCAACAUCGUCACAGGGAGCGACACCCAGACGGAUGCUGUCCUUGCCGCGGGGGCCUUACCUUUCCUAGGGAAGCUAUUGCGCAAUAGCAAAAACAGUAUCGUCAAAGAGGCAGCUUGGACCAUAUCCAACAUAACCGCCGGGAACCAACAGCAGAUAGCGCAGGUCUUCGAUUCCGGCAUCUUCCAUUUGCUGAUCGAGGUGCUCAUCAAGGGUGAUUUCAAGUCCCAAAAAGAGGCGGCAUGGGCGAUAACCAACACAACCACCGGAGGAUCUACGGAACAGAUUAUCCACUUGGUGGAAAAGUAUCCCAUUAUGAAGCCGUAUUGCGAUCUGUUGGAGGCCAAGGACAGUCGAACGGUGCGAGUAGUUCUAAGUGGAAUUUCCAACAUUUUCCAAUUCGCCGAGAAAAUCGGUGGAACUGAGAACCUUUGCACGCUCUUCGAGGAAAUCGGUGCCCUGGAUAAACUGGAAGCAUUGCAGAACCAUGAAAACGAAGAAGUGUACAAGAAGGCUUUCCAACUGAUCGAAUCCUACUUCACCGAUGCGGAGGAUGUUAACCCCGAGUGUGCACCCAAGGAAAAGGACGGAGCUCUAGAGUUUAAUCCCUCCGCACAACAGAAUGGGGAAAAGUUUACGUUCUAGAAAUCCACCAUUCUCCAUUGGUUUCGCAUCACAAAUCCACCCUCGAGUAUGCAUCUCAUCGUUAAGCAAAAGUGAGAUUAAGACUGGAAAUUUAUACUCCUGUUGUCCUGUUUUGUUCUUCCGUUCUCUUCUGGCCAUUUCCCACCCCAUCAAUCGGUUGUAAUUAUCCCGCGUCGCAUGAAAAAUAUUCAUUCCCAUUGUCACUGCCUACGGUAUUCAAUAUUGCUUUCCAAUGCGUAGCACUUGUUGUAUACGUUCUUUAUGUGGUAAAUAAAUAGUUAGCUUUACAUUGUAAAAUCCCUA